AUGACAAGAAAGAAAGUAAAACUUGCUUUCAUUGCAAAUGAUUCCUCAAGAAAAGCAACAUUUAAGAAAAGAAAGAAGGGUUUGAUGAAGAAAGUAAACGAGCUAUCAACUCUCUGUGGCAUUACUGCUUGUGCCAUCAUCUACAGUCCUUAUGAUUCCAAUCCCGAGGUGUGGCCAUCGAAUUCUGGUGUGCAAAGGGUGGUUACGGAGUUCCGAACGUUGCCGGAGAUGGACCAGCACAAGAAAAUGGUGGACCAGGAGACAUUUCUCAGACAAAGGAUAGCCAAAGCCUCGGAGCAUUUAAAGAGACAAAGAAAAGACAACAGGGAGAUAGAGAUGACUGAAGUCAUGUUCCAAUGUUUGGUCGGAAACAUGGGGAUGUUUCAUCUGAAUAUUAUGGAUCUUAAUGAUUUAGGUUAUCUAAUUGAGCAAUACCUUAAAGAUAUUAAUCGCAGGAUCGAAAUUUUGGGGAACUCUGGCAUGGAGGUCGGCGAAUCCUCAAAUGCUGUUGCGGCUACAUCUCCCUCUGAAGCCGCUAAAUCAUUGGCGAUUGGGACGGCUACAACCACUCAAGGCGCUACAACUCAUGAGGUGGGUGCUUCUUCCUCAGCUGCGGCUGCUGCAGCUUUUUUCAACUCUAUUCAGCAUCAGCAUCAUCAGCAGCAGUAUCUCCAUCCGGUGCCUCCACAUGUUGGAUUCUAUGAACAAUCUCGUAACCUGAAUCUUAACCAGAAUCAUAAUCAGAACCAACAACAAUGGUUCAUGGAAAUGGUAAACAAUCCCGAGCAGAUGAACUAUGCGGCUGAACAAAUGGGUUUCCCGUUUAUGGAUGAUAACCACCACGGUCGUAGCCAUCACCACCAGCAUCAGAUCCACCAGCAUCAUCACCUCCAACAGCAGCAAGUCCCUAACGAUUCUUCUACUGCUCCGGCCACUACCAGUUCAACCAAUAUCAUCUCUGGUGCCAAUCCAAAUCCCAACAAUAAUUUAUGGUUCCGUUAA